AUGAAUCUCCUGAGACACACAGAAGUGUAUCGAGGGGAAAUGGCGCCCGGGGGCAACACGGAGGCUGGGAGGGGCGUACUGUGGUGGCGGCGGGUGGCCCAGACAGCCGCCACAGCCGCCUGCGGCCAAGCCCCGCCCCUGCCUCCCUGCAGGGGGGCGGGGCUCGGUGACAUGCGGCUGGGGCUCACGUCAUUUCGAAAGGUUCUCAACUCGACCUGUAGCGAUUUCAACCACGGGACGGCUCUACACAUUGCUGCUUCGAACCUGUGUCUGGGGGCCGUGAAAUGUCUGUUGGAACACGGGGCCAACCCCGCUGUCAGGAACAGCAAAGGUCAGGUCCCAGCUGACGUUGUGCCGGACCCAAUGGACAUGACCUUGGAUAAGGCCGAGGCCGCCAUGAUCGCCAAGGAGCUGAAGCAGUUGCUGCUGGAUGCCGUGCCCCUGAGCUGCAAUCUCCCCAAGGUCACGCUGCCCAAUUACGACAACAUCCCCGGCAACCUCAUGCUUCUCUCUCUCGGCCUCAAGCUUGGCGACACUGUCGUCGUGGAUGGGCAGAAAGCCGGCACUUUGCGAUUCUGUGGCACGACUGAGUUUGCCAGUGGCCAGUGGGUUGGUGUGGAGCUGGAUGAGCCAGACGGCAAGAACGACGGCAGCGUGGGAGGAAUCCGUUACUUUAUCUGCCCUCCAAAGCACGGUGUCUUUGCUUCUGUGUCCAAGAUCACCAAGGCCACCGACCAGACACCUUCUUCAGUCACCUCAACCCCCCGGACCCCCCGCAUGGACUUCUCCCGCAUGACCGCAAAGGGCCGCAAAGAGAAGGACAAGGAUAAGAAAGGUGGGGGCGUGGGGGGAGGCUCUUUGGACAUAGAAAUGCGUCAGGCCUGCGCCAUGCUUGGCCUGGCAGCUCGCACGCACACAGCCUGGGAGCAGAUGGCCCGGCUAUUAUCAUUGCCCAAGGCCAUGGGGCCUCUUCUUGCUUGCAAAUAA